AUGUCUAGCGAGACUCAAUAUACAAACGUUUCCGUUUUCACAGCUGACGGCGUGCUGUUCGACAUGGACGGUACACUUACCGAUUCCAUUGCAGCUGUCGAGGCAGCCUGGACUGCUAAAGCAGAAGAACUCAGCUUGGAGCCAGAGGAGGUCAUUCGUGCCACACAUGGUCGACGGGCAAGUGACAAUCUCAUGGAGCUUGUCCCUGGCUUGCGCAAGGAGCACGUAGAAAAGGAGGUCGAGAAGUUUGAAAAAACCAUCCUCGCUUUCGCCGAUACUCCCCCCCACUCUCGGAAAUCUUCCUUCGCAUCAAAUCGAUCUCCAUCCAUGACCAAUUUAUCGACUAGACGAUCUUCUUUGGCACCUCUAACUCCUGCAACCCCUGCAAGCAACACUCCUGACGCUCUCCGUCGCACUUCAAUACAAUCCAAUAUUGCUGAGACACUCAACUUCACCAGUUACAAGCUAAGCAAGACGACAAUCAGCGAGGUGGCCGUCGAGGACGAAUCUCCAUUUGAUGAAGAAGAAGCCGAAGACAUCAUUGAUAUGAGCGUCCGUAUCCUUCCUGGUGUGAGGAAGAUGAUCAACUCAUUGCCAGAGCACAAGUAUGCCGUCGCCACCUCUGGAGCAAAAACAUAUUGCCACGGAUGCCUCAACCGAACUGGGAUCACCAUCCCCAAAGUAUGUGUCACGGCUGACGACUCUCGACUACUUCGAGGAAAGCCUUUCCCUGACCCUUUCUUGCUCGCUGCAUCUGAUCUUGGAAUCGCCCCAACCCGAGCUGUUGUAUUUGAGGAUUCACCUUCAGGUAUCAAAGCUGGAGUAGCCUCUGGUGCUACAGUCAUUGCUGUUUGCACUUCCCAUACACGUGAUAAGAUUGAAAACAUUGGUGCGCACUUCAUUGUCGACACCAUGGAUCAAGUUAAAGUUGAGCACCUCGAAGACGGUCAGCUUAGAUUUACUGUAUCCCACUAA